GGACAUCAAUUCCCACUCACAUUCAGCCAGUCACUGCGGGGAAACUUAACCCACUCUGCCCGCAUAAAAGUCGUGCAAAUGUACGACUACAGUAUCAGAGACUUUCUUAUUCAACGCCAGAGCGUAUAAAAGAAGAACAAACAAAAAAAUAUUUUAACGUCUGAAAAGCUCUUCCCACUUUCCUCGUCACGGUUGGACAGCGUUACGUACAACUGUAUGCGGCACAGCGUGCCGGCGUCCUUGUUAUUUUGGACAUUCGGUCGUUUUGCCGUUCAAACACAAAAUGCGCUGACGACUUUGACCUUAUUAUCUAAACAUCAUCAUGGGAUACCCAGCUCAAACGGGCGUAUUGGAUCUACUUAUGUAUAUCUAUGGAAAUUUUAGCACCGUGAGAAAAAAGGACUAGACAUGGCGACGCUACUCCUGUCUUUCAUUACUGGAAGGGCAUUUCGGGGGCUGUAUCGUGUUGUGGUGGUACCAACAGCAAAACUUCACCGUGUCAGUCCCAAAAGAGGCUUCAGCUGUGCUGCUCUGAGGCUUCGAGAUGAAUCAAAAUCAAAACAAUGCACCCACCUUGCUGGUAAUGACCCAGCAACAGCUUUCCAGGGAGACUCAACAGCUAAGUCUGUAGCCGAUGAGUCCACCAAACCAAGAAGUAGUUACCAGCACCAGGGUGAUGUUGAUGUGCAAGAUGAGGACUAUAAAACAGAGGAGCAACUUCAAGCUAAAAUCCUAUAUGCUGCUUUGGAAUCUGUUCCAGAGCAUGGCUGGACUAUGGAGGCCAUUGCAACUGGUGCUGAGACCCUAGGUCUGUCAUCUGCAUCCACUGGGAUGUUCUAUAAUGGAGCUGGAGACCUGGUCCUACAUUUCAUUGCUCAAUGUAAUUCACAACUGGCAGAGACACUAGCAGAACAACAGAAGCAAGUCCAGUUGGGCCAAGCAGAACCAAAGAAGACUGCUGACUUUCUUAGAGAUGCUGUUGAGACUAGACUGAGGAUGCAUAUCCCCUAUAUCGAAACAUGGCCACAGGCCAUGAGUAUUCUGCUCCUGCCUCACAACAUCCCUAAAAGUCUGAAACACCUUUCCACCCUGGUGGAUGACAUCUGGUACUAUGCUGGAGACAGAUCUAUUAAUAUGAAUUGGUACAGUAAAAGAGCAGCACUGACUGGCAUCUAUAACACCACUGAGCUUGUGAUGCUUGAGGAUUCCUCCCCCGACUUCCAAAACAGUUGGAACUUCCUUGACAACCGCAUUCAGGAUGUAAUCAACAUUGCCUCUUCUGCCAAACAGGUGCAAUUAACAGGCAAAGCAGUUUUCCAAGGGGUCAUAGGAGCAGCUGUUACUUUAAAGAAUGUCACCGGAAUGAACCAGAGACGAUGAGGAAAGACAACGAAACAGAUCUGAAUCUUUUUGGAAUAACGGAUGCAAAUUUUUAUUCAAAAUUCAAUCAUACUUAUUUGAAGUGGCCUGUGGUCUGCAUAUUUCCAGUUUUUUUUGUUUUUGUUUUUUUUUUGCUGGAUCAGUAAUUUUUUUGUUUUGUUUGAUUUACCUACACUAACUCUUCUAUUCAGACCAUAUUUCUCUAAUAGCAAAAUUAAUAUGUAUCUAAGACUGAUUUGAUGUUCAUCAUAAUUCAUUCAAAUAAAAUUGACAGUUGUAACAUG